GCGAACAGGAUGGACCAUUCAGCGAUGUAAAGGAUAAUAAAAGGCUUAUUUACACUGUAAAUUAAAGCCUGGCUUGGUUUCAAUGGAGAAAGGAAAACUCAUACAUAAACAUCAGUAUAGAUCUAGAUAACUUUUCAUUAACAAAAGGCUUUAUCAUUCAACGAAAAUAUUCUGUAACAGUGGGAUAUAUUAACAUUUGUGUGGUGAAAAAAGACUGCAAUAAGAGUUUCAUUAUAAAGGCCUUUUCCAGAUGUUCCACACCCUUUGAAAGAAGAUGAAACCACACGAAUGGAAAUGGCGUUACGCCAUUUUGUUUUGCGACUGCGUACUUGUGUUUGGGGUAUACUUUUGUGUGGACAUGCCAAGUUCUCUACAAGUAGAUUUUGUGAAUGGCGAGGAGAUGCAUUGUACGGCCAAUGAAAGUAUGGUUACCGGAGGAUGUUGUGACACGUGUCUUGGGUUGGGACCAACGCAUUAUAACUUGCUUCAUUCGUUUUUAUAUUGGACGUCUUCAGUAUUAUCUCUUUUAUCCGGAUACGCCAUAGAUAGAAUCGGGAAUAGAGUGUCUGCUGUUUUGAUAAUCAUUUUGACAUCCCUGGGAUCUAACCUAUUUGCUAUUGCUGGAACCGAAGUACUUCGGAAUACACCCGUCAUGUUUCCUUUGAUGAUAAUAGGAAGGAUGUUACUUGGAUUCGGUGAUGGGCCAAUGAGAAUUGUACAAGAUCGCGUGGUAGCUCAUUGGUUUGCCGAGGAUUCUGUUUUAGCGGUCAGCUUGGUGAUUCUUACACGUCGGGGAGGGACACUACUUAAUUUCUUAGUGACUGCUAAUAUAGCCGUCCACCUAGGCUUCGUGUGGGCUUUGUGGAUUGGUGCGAUAAUCUGUUCCCUCGGAAUCCUCGCGGCAAUUUGGAUGGCUUGCCUAGACGUUCGUGGGACCAGCAAGCUGGACGACGAGUCUCAAAAACAGAUGGCUAGUAGACCUAUUAAAAUUUCUGAUAUCACCAACAUACCCAAGACGUUUUGGAUACACGUGUCCAUGAUCGGAUUCCACUACUGUUCAUUCUUUUCAUUCGUUUCUAAUGGAUCACAGUACAUCCAGUUGAGGUAUGGCUACACCAAAGUUAUGGCAUCCUACACGACUGGUGCAGCAUACAUAGGACCUGUAUUUUUCGCACCCCUCGUAGCAUUGUUACUAAAAAGGAUAGAAUGCAAUGGUUUGGUAGCCACGAUCGCCACGGUAUUCAGUAUACCCAUAUACCUACUACUUGCCUACUGUCCGGUCAUACCACCGGCCGUACUGACAAUAGCUAUCGGCGCUGUAUAUACAUUUGACGUAAUUAUUAUGUGGCAAGUGACAAUCAACUUGUUGCCAACCGCGGUGUUCGGGACGGGAGCGGGUAUUGGAGUAUUUGUUAUGCGAUUUUCAAUAGGUCUCAUGAAUCUGGCUGUGGGCUCCAUCGUCGAGGAUAAGCACAACCGGAAUCACCAAGAACAGAUCUUUGCAUACCAGAAUGCCCUAUUAUUGAUGACGGCGGUUUCAAUAAUGUCGGUAGCCUGUGGCAUAUUGCUCAAUAUAUUGGAUAUAAGAAACGGAGACGGUGUCAACAAACGAUUCCUCAAGAGCAAAUCAGUUGAAAUGUCCGAUACUACUGAACUAGUUGUUGCUGAUAAACUAAACAAAGAGUACGCUAGUAACGGCACUUUAGGUGGGACUCGCGAUGAACACUGAUAAGCAUAGUAAGGGCAGUUAUAACCGCACGGAAUAGCUAAACCAUUUGAAAGAAAGAUAAUGCCACCGUAUAAUUUGUAUACCAACAGUAACAAAAGCACCGCUGAUCAGACAACAUCAAACAUAUUGGCUCGACAGUAGGAAUGGCAAUUUUGCUGGGACGUUGACCGAAACACAUGAGGUAUAGAAGAAACUCGUGGGAACCAGGAUAGCAUCAUAGCAAUAUUAAUCAAAUAUCGUAACGUCAGAUUAGAAUAUUUCUUUCUUUUAUGGACAUCAGUUUUAGCAAAACGAUCAAAGUUGCUGGAAAUCUAAUUAAAUGUUACUCUGCUAGAUCAAAGUCACUGACGAUCUCCAAAUUACCAUUUUUGAUUUGUAAUAAAUAUAGAAACAAA